AUGCCCGCCUCUCCAAUCCCUGGAUCUGCAGCUUCGUGGCUGCUGCAAGCAGAGGCCGCCACACAGAUCAUUCCAUGGGAUCUGAACUGGACGAAGCACGUGCACCUCCCACAGAUUUUUAUCGGUGACGAUCUAGUGUUCAAAUGGGUGGACUUGGCGUGGCAUGAUCUGUGGAUCAUGGACGAUGAGAAAGCAUUCAAAGCCUGUGACUUUAAACAGGCAAAGCGCCUUCGACCCCUUGUUGUUGGCGGGCAGUACAAAUAUACGGUCACUAAUAUCGGUGGCUUCUAUUUCGCCUCAAGUGGCCUUAUGCAGUGUAAUUAUUACAAAGUGAAGCUUUCGUUUAAAUUGUUUGCCCCUAAAUAA